AUGAAGACCCUUGCCCUCCUUGCUGCACUUCUCCUCUUGGCCCUCCAGGUCCAGACUCAGAGUCUUGAAGAGACAGCUGACCAGGUUCCUGCCCAGGACCAGCCUGGGGCCGAGGCCCAGGACAUAACCAUCUCCUUUGCAGGGGAUGAACGCUCUGCUCGAGAGGCUUCAAGAUCCCUUACAGGAAUAGCCUCCUGCACCUGCAGACGUGCCUGGAUCUGCAAUUGGGGUGAGCGCCACUCUGGGAACUGUAUAGACGGUAAAGGCUCCGCAUACAGGCUCUGCUGUCGUCGCUGA